UCAAUGCUCAAAUCGACGACAUUAGGAUAAAGUGAGAAUCCUUUUUUUAUUUUUUGAAAAUUUGAGUGGGCGUAAUGAACUUGAAAUUAGUAAAUCCUUUAUGGGUUCCUGUAAAAGCUUUGUUAUGUAGAACAACGACCACGAGAAGGAGUCUUUUCACUGCCACUGCCAUAAACAGUUUAGCCGAUGAGAAUGAGGUUUUGGUAGUCGUUGGUGGUGGAGCAGCUGGAGUUUAUGGAGCUAUUAGGGCUAAGACUCUCUCUCCUGAACUCAGAGUUUUGGUUAUCGAGAAAGGGAGGUUUCUUUCUAAGGUGAAGAUUUCAGGUGGUGGUCGAUGCAAUGUGACAAAUGGGCAUUGCACGGAAACUAUUAGACUGGCGGAGAAUUAUCCUCGUGGUAAUAAAGAGCUUAAAGGUUCUUUCUUUUAUACACAUGGACCUGCUGAUACCAUGUCAUGGUUUUCCGAGCAUGGAGUGCCACUAAAGACUGAAGACGAUGGAAGAGUAUUCCCUGUGAGCGAUAACUCAUCUUCUGUAGUUGAUUGUCUCUUACACGAAGCAACUAUUAGAGGAGUUAGGCUUGAGAGAGGAAAGUCUGUGUUAAGUGCGUCUACUCAACCCGAUGGGAAGUUCCUUAUUAAAGUUGGGAAGCGAACUGCUGACGUUUCUGAAUUUAUUGAAGCUUCAUAUCUUCUUAUUGCUACUGGAAGUAGCCAACAGGGUCACUCUUUAGCCACUCAGUUUGGUCACUCCAUUGUCGAUCCAGUACCGAGUUUAUUCACUUUUAAGAUCAAUGAUCCGUUACUUGCUGAGUUAGCAGGAAUUAGUUUCUCCAAUGUCCAAGCCAAACUGAAACUAGAACAUCCUCGCCCGGAUAUGUCAAAGCUCGUGCAGGUUGGUCCAAUGCUUGUGACACACUGGGGACUUAGCGGACCGGUUAUUCUCAGGCUCUCUGCAUGGGGUGCACGCCAUCUCUUCUCUUCAGAGUACAAAGGGCUUCUUAUUGUUGACUUCAUACCAGAUAUUAACAUUGAAACUGCUAAAUCUCUACUCAAACAACACAAGCUGCAGUUUUCAAAGCAUAAGGUAUCCAAUACUUUUCCUCCUCAAUUUGGUCUUGUCAAUAGAUUCUGGAGAUACAUUCUAGACCGCGAGGGUUCUUCAAAAGACACCUUGUGGGCUUCACUGUCAAAUAACUCCUUGAGCUCUAUCUCUGAUCUUCUUAAACAUUGUACAUUUCAAGUCACUGGCAAGGGUCAAUACAAGGAUGAGUUUGUGACAGCAGGAGGAGUUCCUCUAUCCGAGAUUUCUUUGAAGACCAUGGAGAGCAGAUUGGUUCCUAAUCUUUUCUUUGCAGGAGAGGUACUAAAUGUAGAUGGAGUUACAGGAGGUUUCAAUUUUCAGAAUGCUUGGUCAGGUGGAUAUAUCGCUGGCACCCACAUCGGUAAAUUAGCCAGUAACAGAAGUUCUACAGAAAGUAAAGUGUUAGGAUUAUAGUCUUCUUAAGAGACAAGUAUUGUAAUAGUCAUCAAACUCUGUCGCUUUCUCAUAAGAGAUAGAUGCCCACAACUUCCACGGCAUGCAACAAAGAAAAUAAAUUGGCGAGU